AUGCGUUUGCAUUAUAAGGAGGAAGAGAACGCUGCUGCUAAUCUCAUAAAACCCUCCGGUCAACAGCUAGAGUACAGCAAUCUCAGUCGCCCACGUGCUCCUCCCCAUGGGGCGGCGCUCGACUGCCGAUUGGAUACGACGCGGAGCCGCCCUCCGGCGAUUGGCCGCGUCCAGUUAGGAUACCUCGGAGGGUUCUAUCCGCGCCGCGUUCCAGGACAUCCGCUCGCCAUGGCGCUGGUCCCUCUCGCCUGGCUGGCGUCCGUGGACUUGGCGCUCCAGUGGGGCCUGUGGGCGGCCGCCGCCGCGCUCCGCACCGAGAAGUUCUUCGACCUGGCGGGUGAGCGGGGAUUUCGGGGCUCCGGGUCCGACCUGGGAUGGAUCACGGCGCGGGAUCUGCUGGCGGACCUCGUGGGGAGCGAUCUGGGCGCUGCAGGGCGGCUCGUGCGGCCGCGCUUCCCUGUGUUUUUGGACCUGUUGCAGCGCCCCUUUCGCUGCUCUGCCCGCCUCUCGCAUCUGCAGGUUUCUUCUGCGAGAAACCUUGCUUUCCAGGCCAUGUAAAUGCGCAUUAACCUCCCUCGGGAUGCGAUUAAUAAAAUAAAUGAAAUAAAUAGAAUUAAACUGCCAGAUCCCGCUCAUUCCCUCCCCCCUUUCUUUUUCGGAAUCAAGGCUGUGCAGCUAAUAAUAAUUAUAAUUAAUUUAUAUGCCAUCCACAGCAAGAAAUCAAACAUUAAGAACUUCCCUAAACAGGGUUGCCUUCAGGUGUCUUCUGAAAGUUAGAUAGUUGCUUAUUUCCUUGACAUCUGAUGGGAGGGUGUUCCAUGGGGCGGGCGCCACUAUCAAGAAGACCCGUUUGGGAUGACAGGUAACACAGGCGCAGUUUGAAAAAGCAAAAGGGGGAAAGGUUGUUAAUAAAAUCCACAGCCACCUUUAUUCAGGCCAGCCCAAAUGACACCAAAUAAAUAGCAAGCUCUUCCGGGCAAAAAAUGUUACUUUUUCUUUGCGGGCCCCUUCAACUCUUCCCUGUCAUCAGCACCCCCAGUUUCUCUGGGGUCCCCCAAGAAGCAAAGAAGGGUGCUGAGAAUUGCACCCACUGACUCACAUUGAUUAAACCUGCGCUCCAGGCACUGUUAUUUAAAGGACUCCAAGCCUGGUUAAGUCAAAGAAUUUUGCUAGCCAAGGUUAUAAAGCACUAGGCCCUACCGAGUGGUUUCUACAUGAACAAGCCUUCGCUGACAGAUCAAAAUAAGUAGGGCUGCUGGGAGGGAUCAUAUUGUCUCAUCAGCCAAGGGGGAAAUUAAUCCCUUUUGUCCCUGCUGCCUUUGGGCUUUUAGAGCAUAUGAUAUACAGUGGUCUCUCAGGUUAAGAACUUAAUUUGUUCUGGAGGUCCGUUCUUAACCUGAAACUGUUCUUAACCUGAAGCACCACUUUAGCUAAUGGGGCUGCCGCACGAUUUCUGUUCUCAUCCUGAAGCAAAGUUCUUAACCUGAAGCACUAUUUCUGGGUUAGCGGAGUCUGUAAGCUGAAACGUCUGUAACCUGAAGUGUCUGUAACCUGAGGUACCACUGUAUAGGGUAGCAUGCUGGAAGCUGAUGCGGAAGGGAGCAACGCCGGAUUUAGGGCAGUGAGAGUGGUUCUGUACAGGGUGCCGAGCUGAUGGGGUGAAGAAUAAUAAUAAUAAUAAUAAUAAUAAUAAUAUUUAUAUGGGUACCUACUCAAAGUUAGACCCUGGUCAGACAGGCAGUUAAGUUGCCACAACUGUGACGUAGUGCGUUGAGAGCAUGCACUUCUAGCGAGAGGGCGCCAAAUAAAUAUUUACAGUGCCAAAUUUUGUCCUCACUCAGCGCACCAUUUUUUCCCCCAAAACGGUUUUCCAAAACAGCACACCGUAUUACCAAAGUCCCCCCCGAAGGGAGACUUCCAAUAACCAGGGGUAAACGUCACAGAGGCAAAGUUGGUGCAAUGACAAGUUGCAUUGCAAGGGAGUUGGACUAGAUGGCUCUUGGUACCCAUGCCAGUUUCCCUCUUCCAGCUUUGACUUUAAAAGGUAUGAGCAGGUGUCCUUAGAGCUGGCACCGGGAAUGUAUCGCCCUCCUCAUGUUGCCGAACUACAGUCCCAUCAUCCUUGAUUUCUGGCCCUGCUUGCUAGAGCUGAUGGGAGAUUUAGCAGACUUGGAGCCAUUGUAUGGGGGUGAAUAUGGGACACGGGUGGCGCUGUGGGUUAAACCACAGAGCCUAGGACUUGCCGAUCAGAAGGUCGGCGGUUCGAAUCCCCGAGACGGGGUGAGCUCCCGUUGCUCGGUCUCAGCUCCUGCCAACCUAGCAGUUCGAAAGCACAAAAGUGCAAGUAGAUAAAUAGGCACCGCUCUGGCGGGAAGGUAAACACCGUUUCCGUGUUCUGCUCUGGUUCGCCAGAAGCGGCUUAGUCAUGCUGGCCACAUGACCCGGAAGCUGUACGCCGGCUCCCUCGGCCAAUAAAGCGAGAUGAGCACCGCAACCCCAGUGUUGGUCACGGCUGGACCUAAUGGUCAGGGGUCCCUUUACCCUUUACCUUUAUGGGGGUGAAUAUUGCCUAAUCUGUAUGGUAUACCACUUGCACACAAAUAACUAGCUUCCCAGCCGCCCCGUGGAGUGAUUGGCGAUGCCCCCUAGGACUGGAAAGCUUUUAGCUCACAAACGCAGUGUGUUCAGCUCUGUCAGAGGCCUAUUGUAACUGAGGCCAGAUCAUAGUAUUGGAGGUUUGUGGGAAGUCUGUGCAGCCCUCUCCUUAGAAAUACUGAGAACCUCUGUACCCAAACACUUAAAUUAUGUUCAUUUCUUAUUAUUAUUUUCAUCAUAAUCAGCUGUUGGGGUGGGGUGGGGUAGGCAGGCCGGAAUAUAAGAGUAGCAUUCAGAUUCCAAAAAGAGAAAGCACUGCCGUGUUUCUAAGACGGCAGCUCUAUAGAGCAAGCAUGCCAGAGAUCAAGCAGAAGCUGCAAAUGGCUAAUAUCUGUAAGAUAGCGAUUAGAUGUAGUGGAAUAUGAAACAGUAGUAUUCAGUCACCGCUACUUGGGUGGAGAGAAUAUAGCAUCCUCUUACUCAUGGGUAGGCAAACUAAGGCCCGGGGGCCGGAUCCGGCCCAAUCAACUUCUAAAUCUGGCCCGCGGACAGUCUGGGAAUCAGCGUGUUUUUACAUGAGUAGAGUGUGUCCUUUUAUUUAAAAUGCACCUCUGGGUUAUUUGUGGGGCCUGCCUGGUGUUUUUACAUGAGCAGAAUGUGUCCUUUUAUUUAAAAUAUAUCUCUGGGUUAUUUGUGGGGUAUAGGAAUUCAUUCAUUUUUUUCUUCAAAACAUAGUCCGGCCCCCCACAAGGUCUGAGGGGCAGUGGACCGGCCCCCUGCUGAAAAAGUUUGCUGACCCCUGCACUAAAGGAGUUUAUUAAUGCUUCCCUGCUACAGACCUUGAGGAUAGCUCAGCACAAGGAUGGAGAAUCGGUAGAGCAUGAGACUGUUAAUCUCAGGAUUGUGGGUUGGAGUCCCAUGUCAGGUGAACUCUCCCUGCAUUGCAGUGGGUUGGACUAGGUCCUCACGGUCCUUUCCAAUUCUACAAUUCUAUGAUUCUAUGAAAUGCAAGGCCUGUAUCACACCAGUGCAGCAUUCAAGAGCCCCUGUGAUGACUUUGGCCUGUUUUAGCUUCUGAUGUUGCUCUUUCUGCCUCUCUAGGAAGCGGGACAUUCAUCUUGCUGGCACACCUGAGCCUCAGAUGGGGCAAUGCACAGCAUCUUCGGCAGCAGGUCCAGACAGGGCUGGUGACUAUUUGGGGCCUCAGGUGAGUUUCCAAUGAGCUGUGUAUUUGUUUCAGAGGCAGCGAUGAGUUUGAGCCAAUUCCACGAUGCAUCACCUCGACUCGUGUGCCUGCAGCCAGGAGAGCCUGAUGGAAUUGCCAAUGAAUGCUAUUCUGGGGUUAACAGUGUUGAUGGAACUGAAUGUAAAAAUCAAAGCACUGCAUUAUUAUUUUUAAGGCUUUUAAAAUCCAGUCACUUCUUACCGAUUGAUUUCCUCUUCAGCCUAUGGCUGCAGCUCCAGCUAUGAUCCCACACAAGUGGGCUGCAUUUAUGCUGUGAUUUUGCACAAGUACAGAAAUACAAGUAGGGGGUUGGGUUUCUCGAGAAUCUUAGCUAUCAUGUUCUCUUGCUUUUUUAAAAUCACAAAGGAACAGAUUUCUAGCCCUUAUAGUUGUCAAGAUACGUUUGACAGUGUGUGGACAAUGCCUAUUUAAAAUCGGAGUUGUUGUUCGGUGCAAUUUUCAGUGGCGGUGGCAGGGCUUGAGUUUUCUUCAAAGGUUCUUAUCCUUCCCAGAAGCAACAUAUUAUUUGUAACAGUAAAAAUUCCGAAUAAUUACGCACAGUCAGAUGGAUUUGCUUAGUUUGUUCAGGUUGCAGCAUUAUUCUUUAGUACAGGAUUUUUAUUUUUAAAUGCAUUGCACACAGCUUUCCCCAUGACUUAUUUCUAUGCCAGAAAUGGCUUUUUCUCCUAUAUUUGUUUUUUAUUAGGCUACUGUUGAAACAGAAGACCAGGAUCACCAAAAAUGUGGCAAUUGCGAAGCUGCAGGCACUGCCAGCUGUUAUCCGAGGCCUAGGAAGGCUCUGAUUGCUUCCACGUAAUGAUGAACACCAUUUCAAAUAUUUUCAAUUAUCUCUGCUGUUCUCAGGUUGGGGCUCUUCCUCUUCCUACGGAUCCUGAAAGAGGGGCAUGACAGGCGAUUCAACGGCGUCAGAGAAAACUCCGGCACUUUCUUCCUAUACUGGACAAUGCAAGGUGAAGGCGUAGAUAGUUUGGAACUGAAACCUAUAUCCCCUCACCAGUGAAAUUUGGCCAGAAGCAUUGAACAAUUUACUGUAUUUUCCGCUCUAUAAGGCACACCAGACCACAAGACGCACCUAGUUUUUGGAGGAGGAAAACAAGAAAAAAAAUAUUCUGAAUCUUGGAAGCCAGAACAGCAAGAGGGAUCGCUGCACAGUGAAAGCAGCAAUCCCUCUUGCUGUUCUGGCUUCUGGGAUAGCUGCGCAGCCUGCAUUCGCUCCGUAAGACGCACACACAUUUCCCCUUACUUUUUAGGAGGGAAAAAGUGAGUCAUAUGGAGCAAAAAAUACGGUAACUUACACAUGCUUAGUGUGCUAUGUGCUUUAUUUCUGGGCUCAAAGAGCUGGUUCUACUAACCUUGAAACCCCUAAAGACUGCUGCAAUGUGCUCUACGUGGGGCUACCUUUGAAGGUGAGUCGGAAACGACAACUAAUCCAGAACGUUGCUGCCAGACUGGUGACUGGGAGCGACUGCCAGGACCAUAUAACACCGGUCCUAAAGGAUCUAUAUUGGCUCCCAGAACGUUUCUGAGCACAAUUCAAAGAGUUGGUGCUGUCCUUUAAAGCCUUAAACAGCCUUGGCCCCAUAUGCCCGAGGGAGUUUCUCCACCUCCAUCUUUUAGCCCGGACACAGAUCUAGCUCUGAAGGCCUUCUGGCUGUUAACUUCAUUGCGAGAAGUGAGGUUACAGGGAACCAGUCAGAAGGCCUUCUCAAUAGUCAUGCCCGCCCUGUGGAACACCCUCCCAUCAGAUCUCAAGGAAAUAAAGAACUAUCUGUCUUUUAGGAGUCAUCUGAAGGUAGCCUUGUAUAGGGAAGCUUUUAAUGCUUGCCGUUUUACUGUGCUUAAUGUUUUUAAUUCAUUGGAAGCCACCUAGAGUGGCUGGGGCAACCCAGUCAGAUGGGCAGCAUGAAAAUAAUAAAUUAUUAUUAUUAUUAUUAUUAUUAUUAUUAUUAUUAUUAUUACUACUACUAUGAAUGGCUUGGGUCCAGUAACGCUUGUUAGGAGCUGCUUGCUGUAAUAUGCACCUUCCUGGGAAUUCAAAUCAAAUUCUGAGGCCACCUCAGGAUAGCCACUGGGUGAAUGCAAUAUGUUUUUUGUUUAGCUCUGGAAUGCUCUUCUCAUCAAGAUCCAUCAGGCUCCCUCUGUGACUUUUCCUUAAGCAGUGGAAGUCAAUAUUGCUUUGAUGGGCUUUUAAUGUACAAUGUCUUUUCGUGCCCCUGCUGCUGGCUUUCAGUGCUUCACAUCUUUUAGCUUCACCCUCGUUGUUGUUUCUCUUAGUGGUGCUUGUCUUUAACAAUCAGAAGCCAGAACUGAGCAGGACUUGCGUCCAUCGAUGGGUCUAGUGUGCCUUAAUGUUCUGGAGAGCACUUUCCAGUUGGUUAGCAGAAGAGGGUUGGGGGGAACCUGUGCCCAAGCAGUCACAUUUAUUCAGAUCGCAGAAUUUAGCUUACAGAAUUAUGAGAAGACAUAAAAAGGUAAAGGUAAAGGUACCCCUGCCCGUAUGGGCCAGUCGUAUCCGAUUCUGGGAUUGCGUGCUCAUCUCGCUUAAGAGGCCGGGAGCCAGCGCUGUCCGGAGACACUUCUGGGUCACGUGGCCAGCGUGACAAAGCUGUUCUGGCAAGCCAGCACCAGUGCAGCGCACGGAAACAUCGUUACCUUCCCGCUAUAAAGCGGUACCUAUUUAUGUACUUGCACUUAAGAGUGCUUUUGAACUGCUAGGUGGGCAGGAGCUGGGACCGAACAACAGGAGCUCACCCCGCCGUGGGGAUUCGAACCGCCGACCAUGCGAUCGGCAAGUCCUAGGCACUGAGGUUUUACCCACAGCGCCACCAGCGUCCCUGUGAUCAGAAGACAUAGGAUGCACUUGAACAUAUACAAACCAGGCCUUUGCUAAAAUAAUGGGACUUUGGACUUUAAGGUAGAAUGUGGUGACAUUUUAAGAGGAAGAAAAGAUUAUACAUUUUUAGGUGCCGGGCAAAAACGUUCCAUUUUAACCAGCCCCUUUGGUUGAUUUGAUUGACAUUGUAUGCCCUUUUAAAAUGUGGUUUUUUUGGGGGGGGUGUUAUUGGGUUGUUGUUUUUAUUUUGAUUAUAUAUUUUGUGGUUUUAUAUUUUGAUUAUUUUUUUGUGAACCGCCCUGAGAUCUCUGGGUAUAGGAUGGUAUAUAAAUUCAAUAAAUAAUAAUAUUUCUGGGUGCAGCUGCUAAGUUACAGGCCUACAGCACAAUUCUACUCAGGAGUAAGACGGAACUUUCUCCCAAGUAAGUGCGCAGUCUUGUCUGCCCUGUUGUUUUUGCAAAUGUAUACAGCCUAAUCUAUCCUGGCUUCAUGUUUUGACAGGUAUAUGGGUGUUUGUAACAUUGCUUCCCACUCUGUUGCUGAACCUGGAGAAACACCAGAAGCCUCUUGGAUUCUGGGACUAUUUUGGAUGGAGCAUUUGGGCCGUGGGGUUUGUUACAGAGGCUAUAGCUGACCAACAGAAGUGGCAUUUCAGAAGCAACCCUGACAACGCUGUGAGUAAUGGCUGUGAGGUUCUCUGCUAUAUUGGCUUUAGGGAGCCCUUGACUAUAGGGGGAGAUGCAAUAGGACACAGGAUCUCAGUGCUCACAGGCAGGAGGAGUUUGUACACUAGGACCAAACCAUGUCAUUACCAAGGAGGCAUGUUUAGUCAUUCUCUGAAGAACAUCCCUGUCUGCUACUCUGAUCCUGACCAGAAGGAUACAGUAUCAACAAGGGUGUCCCACAUGACCUUAAGGUGCUGUUGUGCAAUGCCAGGUCAAUGAUUCGUAAGACCACUGCCAUCCAUGACUUGAUUGUGGAUGGAGGAAUUGACCUCAUAUGCAUAACAGAGACUAGAUGUACAACUCAACUGGUGAUGUAACAUGAUUUGCUAGUUUACCUAGAUGUAACAUGGUUUUAUCAGUUUGAAGCAUUUAAACCAAUCAAAAGCUAGCUUUUCUGGCAAAGCAAGAAUCAAAGGCACAGACCCAACAAGAGGAAAAUAAAUCUAAAGGUAGACAUGGUUCCAACUUCUUUACUGUUCUUACAUUAAUAAUAGCUUGCAGAGCCACCCAAUUAAAGCUUGGGCUAAGAGACAACGUACUCGCAUCUCUCUACUGAAAUACCUUUUCAUUAAUGUAGGAUGUCUAAGAGUCCAAUUAGGAAAAGCUAUGUUCUCACAAAAAAGGGACACUUCAUUAGGCAGAAUCUUGCUUUGGAAAUCUUAGCCCAUCAAGCAUGGGGAGAUUGGCUCUUUGUGAUAACAGCAAUCCUGCUAAUAGGGAUGCUAGCUUUGGAAUUGGCAAUGCGUAUUCGUUGCUGAAGGUAGCUAGGCAGGAAAAGAGAUCCUGCUUAGUAUGUGGGUAUUCACUGGUAUUGAUUUGGAUAAGCCGACUGAAUUCUGCACAUAUAUUCAACCAGUGAAUUUCUUUCAUAAUUGGAACCAGCUAUGGAGUUAGGCUGCACAAUAAAACUGACACUUUUUAUUUUAAAAUCUCCCUAGGGGAAGUUUAUCCAGAGUGGCCUAUGGGCUUACAGUCGUCACCCCAACUACCUGGGCGAGAUCUUGCUGUGGACAGGACUUUUUGUGUCGGCCACCCCAGUACUACGUGGCUGGCAAUACUUCAGCGUCACCUCACCGCUGCUGGUGUGGUUCUUGCUCAAUUUUAUCAGUGGGAUUCCAAUCCUCGAAAAAGCAGCCAUGAAGAGAUGGGGGAAAGAGGCGGCGUUUCAGGCUUACUUGCAGAAGACUCCCGUGCUGUGGCCUAUCAGCUUGAAGUGAUCAGAGAAACGCUCUUUGGGACAUUGAACACAAAACAGCUGUAGCACGGGGACCAUUUUAAAUUGUACACAGCCGUGGCAUUUGUGUUUAGCUCCCAGGCUGUUCUCAUGCAAUGGCUUAAACCACAAGUUUUCAACCUUUCUGAGUCCACGGCUCCCUUGACAAACUGCGUUCUUUCUAAGGCUCCCCUGUGGGGAAACGUGCUCUGAGCUGCGGGAGCCCAGUUGUGUCACCCCUUGCCUGCAGAGCUGGCAGCCCCUCACCCCUUUCAAGCACUCUCCCUUCUGAUCUCUGAGCUGCCCCCCGCCCCAAAGAGAGGUGUCUCCUCAUGCCCAGGGGCCUGGGAAGAGGAUGCUCCCAGCCUUAGCAGCCUGAGAGACUUGCCAAAGGUGAACAUGAGGCAGACAACUUAACUCACCUUGAGAGGCAGCUGUGGGCCUGCGUGGAGGAAAGGCUCCCCUUCGGUGCUGGGCACUUGGCUCCCAGGCAGGCAUUGCACACUAGGGUGGUUCAUAAAAAACUUUUUUAAAAAUGCCUGCUCCAAAGGUCUUAUUUUACCACACUAGGGACGCGGGUGGCACUGUGGGUUAAACCACAGAGCCUAGGGCUUGCCGAUCAGAAGGUCGGCGGUUCGAAUCCCUGCGACGGGGUGAGCUCCCGUUGCUCGGUCCCAGCUCCUGCCAACCUACUAGUUCAAAAGCACAUGGCAUUUCCGUGCGCUGCUCUGGUUCACCAGAAGCGGUUUAGUCAUGCUGGCCACAUGACCCAGAAGCUGUAUGCCGGCUCCCUUGGCCAAUAAAGUGAGAUGAGCGCCGCAACCCCAGAGUCGUCCGCGACUGGACUGAAUGGUCAGGGGUCCCUUUACCUUUACCUAGGGAUUAUAUAGCUAUAUCUGAAAUUUCAUGCACAUCAGUUAAUAUCUUGACCCUGCUCCACUGAAAAGCUUUGGGUGUUCAGUAGGGCAGUUCAUAAAAAACUUUUUUUUGGAAAAAUGCCUCACUAGGGAUUAUAUAGCUGUAUCUGAAAUUUCAUGCAUAUCAGUUAAUAUAUCGACCCUCCUCCACACGAAAAUAGCUGUUUACUUGGCUGUUUUCCUAUGUCGUGAAGGCUGAAAUUUCAAUUCAGUGGAGCAGGGUUAAAGGUAUUAACUGAUAUGCCGCGCAAGCCUUUGGGAGGCAGAGAUGCAAGAGGGCAUCAGAGGAGGGAGGGAAAGAGGAACAAAGGCCCACGUUGCCCACGACUAUCAUUCUAGACACCCCAGGAUGCCACGGCAUACUGAUUGAAAACCACCGGCUUAACAAAAGCCUGUGUUUUAUGUGGUGAAAGCUCCACGACUUGUGCUGUAAGGUAGUACACGCAAAUCGCUUGUCAUGCAGAGGCAGCCACUGACCUGGGUGGCUUAACAUCUGGCCUUCCAGAUGUUGGAGUCCCAGUUCCCACCAGCAUGGUCUGUAGUCGGGGAUGAUGGGAACUGUAAUCCAAUAAUUUAGAGGGCCCAAAUUGCUAAGGGGGGCACUGUGAACGCUAACCCUUGGAGUAGUUAUUUCAUAUGCGCCCUUCCUCAGGGAACAAGUGCCAGUGUUUCAGCACACAGAGUAGUCUGUUAGUUAUCGUUACAUCAGUAGCAUUUCCCUCGUUGCCCUGGAACAGCAAUGUCUGGCAUAAAACACUUAAUCUGAGAUUAGAAGGCAGUGCUGGUCUUUUAGCUUCAAUUACAUAAAGUAGCUGGAAGGCUUUGCUCUCUUCUUGGUAAGUGGGUGCCCCUUGCCUAGCUGCCUGAGGCGUUAAUCCCAAUAAUCCAGUGUACAGAGAAAAGAGGAGAUCAUAGCCAGUAAGUUCACCUUUUGUAGAAAGAAGUAUGAAUAUAACCUGCCAAAGCUGGGUUAGCAGCAGAUAACACACCAGCUAUGGCAGAGCCAUUCUGCCCGUGUCCAACUUUGUAGAAAAGUCAACAUUCCCUUUUGUAUUUUUAUUUAAAGCCACCCUUAUAAAACCUCUGGCUUUGAUAAAGCUGUACUGCUGGUAAUUAGAGUUUGUUUCAGCAACUACAGAGUAUUAGGUAUUGCCCUCUACCCCUUGAAAUCUGUAUUCUGACAGGCAGGGCAUGCUUUUAGAAGGAGAUUCUUUUGCAGCAGUCUCUUUACACUGAAAAUUUUAAGUAAAGACUUGUUGCUUCUCAGUCAGCCUUGCUACAUUUUAGUAUACAUUCCUUACUGUAUUAUUAUUUAGUGGAUUUAUAUACUGCCCUAUAACUUGAGGUCUCGAGGCAGUUCACAGAACAAAAUAAAAAUACAAAACCACAAAAUAUAUAAUCAAAAUAAAAACAACUACCCAAUACUCCUCCCCCCCAAAAACACACACAUUUUAAAAGGGCUGUAAAGUAGUGUAACUGAAGAAGGAAUCUUCAGCUGUGAGGGCAAAAUACAUUCUGAGAAAGUAGGAUUGAAAGAAACUGGAUUUGUUUUCAUUGCUGCUGGGUUUUGGUUCUGUGUAACAUUCUUCCCGAAAUAUGCUAUCUGCUCUUACUGCACACAAGGUGGAGUUAAAAAGCAGGACCGCCAGCAAUAAAAAAUUAGACCAGGCCAAAUUUCUAUUGAGUCUAGCGUCAUUAAGUCUCCAACCAUAGCCAUAUAAGACUGUGAAAUUCAAGCAGCGACAUGAUAAGCAUGGGCAGUUUAUUUCCUCUGAUCAAGACUGAAUUUAUCAAGAGGAACCUACAGCACUUGAUAAUUCUUCCCUUCACAAACCUAUUUUUAAAAAGUUACUGGCUAUCUCCAUAUUUUGUGGCAAUAAAUUCCAUAAGAUACAUCUAUGAAGUAAACUAUGAUUGACCUGAAACUGUAAUUCAAGCCCAUUUGAAGUGCCAGAAGUUCUUAUUUAACAGAUAACUCUUUGCUGUCUCUUCUAUCUUGUUUGUACUCAAGAGAUAUGAGCUUUAUUGCAAAAGUGGCUUGAACCCCAAAGUCAUUUUAGUUGCACUUUUCUACCUCCCAGGAUACAGUGUUUGUGUGGGAGAUGAAUACUCCUAGUUAUUUUUAACCGUGGUUGCAACAUGCUAUUUCUUUACUUUUUUUCCUAUCACCUUUUCCCUGCUACAGCAUAGUUGUUUUCUACCGUUAACCUCAAAAUAACUAUAACUACCAAGGAGAAUGCAUUUGUAUGAGAAGUUCAAGGUUUCUGGCCAUACAUGCAUUACUUUGCACUUCUACUGAAUGUGAUCUCCCCUUCUGCUGCCCUUGUGCCUAGUUUCAAGGGAUCAAUUUUGGGGGUUCUUUGCAAACUCGGAUCUCUCACCCACCCAAACUCUAGGCAAUAUUUGAGCAAAUUAGUAAGUAUCCAACAGCAGAUCCUAUGGGGACUAUCCCCCCCCCCAUUGCAAAAACA